AUGGCCGAAUUAGAUCGCGCACCUCCCACAACAGGGGCCUAUGUGAUAGCCACGGCUAUCCUCGCGGGCAUCGCUGGAUACUUCAUCGGGCAAGGCGCGUCUCUGGGCCUGUUCUCAUCCGCCAAGGAGAAGGAAGGCUGGCCGAACAGCUACGAUGUGAAACUCCCAAAAGACUCCUCUGAUGAAGAGGAGGAGGAGGAGGAUGAUGAGGAAGAUAGCGAGGAGGAGGGCGACGGAGGGGAACUGGCGAAUUUCGACAACAACAGCGAGGAAGUUAAGUUGGUGCUCGUGGUUCGGACAGACCUAGGCAUGACCAAGGGAAAAAUCGCUGCUCAAUGCUCGCACGCGACUCUCGCCUGCUACAAGUACCUUAUCGCGCAUAACCCACAGUCGCCUAUCCUGCGGAGAUGGGAGCGACAAGGACAAGCGAAGAUUGCACUGCAGACCAAGUCCGAGGAGGAACUACAACUGCUGCAAGCGCAGGCGAUGAGCCUCGGUCUCUGCGCUCGUGUGAUUCAGGACGCUGGGCGGACACAAAUUGCGAGCGGGAGCAGGACGGUAUUGGGUGUUUUGGGCCCCAGGAGUGUGGUGGACCAAGUCACAGGGCAUCUGAAGCUGCUGUGA